CGCGCGUUGGUGUGUGUGGUCGCUUGUGUGUUUGCAUAAAUUUCCAAGAGAAAAAUACAAAAAAGUACAUUUUUUCGCUCGAUGCCAUUCGAGAACGCGCGCGUCACACGCGAAGCCAACAGUGGGGAUUCAGCUGAAAAAAUAGUGACAAACCCCGAAAAUUGGGCACCGUGUUUGCCCAGUUGCCGCACCGUGAUCGUAAGUGUGUCGCAAUGUGGUAAGCCACCAGCGUCGUAAUUUGCGCGAUUUUUAUGCUGUCGUGUCGUCGUCGUCGUCGUCGGUUCGAGCGUCGUGCUGUGGCGCAUAUCAGGCACAUUCCAAUACCGAUACACCGCGGACCGCUUUUCCCUGCGGAUUGUUGUUGGUUCAGCAGCUGUCACCAUCAUCCGUCCCGCGUAAGCAUCAUCGACGCGGAUUAACCUAAACCCCGGAACGGUACGAAAACAUGGCACUAAUGUGGUGCGGCACUCGUACGGUAACGGCUCCGAACCAGCACCAGCUGGAACACGUAAUCUGCUUGCGCGCGCUACUUGCGUCCCGUAACCGCUAAUAGGACCUCCACAUCGUUCCAUCGUUGGCGGUGGUGGUUGUGGAGACACUGGCGGGGGAAGUAAACGGCAACGGGAAACGCCAAUGGGGCACGAAAUGAUGCUCCCCGAAACGCCAAAGCGCUGGCAAAUGACGUCGCAGAAAAAGGAAGUUGAACGGAACAGUUCGAAUGUAAUUGUUAUUGUCCAACAGUUGUGUUGUAACAGUGUCAUAUAGAAGCAAAAUCGCGGUUUGUUUACGCUUGGACCUCGGAGAGGCUAACCACAAACGAAAAAGCACACCACACUUCACCCCGUAACAGGGAGUUAAACAUUCAACUCACACUUGCAGUGGUCAUCCGUGGCCACCGAAAUCCGAUGCUCGUACGAUGACGGAGUUUUGUGACGACGUUAUCAAGCUGUUUCCGCUGCGCGCGAUCCCGGAUGUGAUAAAGCUGUUCCGCCAGCAGCUGAACAAUCGCGAGGAGGAACCGGACCUAACGCUGCUCUCGAUCGUUACCGGAUUGAUCGAACAUUCGCUCACGACGAAGGUGCUCGAAUCGAACUCUGCAUCGUCGGCAUCCUCCUCACACAACAACAACAACAACCAUGGGGAGGGAGGAAAGGGCGCCGCAACGGUGGUGGAUUCGGGUGGCAACUUCCCGGUCAUCCGGUACGACACGGUGGAAGGACUGUACAAGCGGUUCAAAUCCGUGCUGGCACCGAUCGAAAAGCUGCUGGUGAAAACGACAACCGAUUCCAAGUUUGCCAGCCGGGAGAUUAUCAAGAAAGUGUCCGACAUCAUCUGGAACUCGCUGCUCCGCAGCUCGUACAAAGAUCGAGCCCAUCUGCAGAGUCUGUACAGCUAUUUGUGUGGCAACAAGCUGGACUGUUUCGGUGUUGCGUUUGCUGUUGUGGCCGGCUGUCAGAUGCUUGGCUACCGGGAUGUCCAUCUGGCGAUCUCGGAGGAUCACGUUUGGGUCGUGUUUGGCAAGACGGGCGACGAAACGAUCGAGGUAACGUGGCACGGCAAGGGUGCGGAAGAUAAGCGUGGCCAAUCGGUUGCGCCGGGCAUCGAAUCGCAAACGUGGCUGUACGUGGCGGGUAAUCCGGUGGUUUGUAAUCGAUACAUGGAGGUGGCGGCAAUCGUUUCUGCCAUUAAUCCAUCGCUGACGGCGACGAGCGCCUGUCUGGAGGUGGCCGAUUUGCAGCAGCAACUGCUGUGGUUGCUGUACGAUAUGGGCCAUCUGAAGAAGUACCCGAUGGCACUCGGUUGCUUGGGCGAGCUGGAAGAGGUUGAACCGACGGCGGGAAGAAAGAGCUGCGAGGAGCUCUACAACGAAUCUGUCCGGUCGGCCCAAACGUACUACCGGAACCAUCAUGUGUACCCGUACACGUACCAGGGCGGCUACUACUAUCGGAAGAAUAUGUACCGGGAGGCGUUCGCUUCCUGGGCGGACAGUAGCGAUGUUAUACGGCUGUACAACUACUCACGCGAUGAUGAAGAAAUAUACAAAGAGUUUCUCGACAUUGCCAACGAGCUGAUCCCGCAGGUAAUGAAGCUGGAGAGUUCGGGCCACUCGGCCAAAAGCAUUCUGCGCGAUUCGUCCUGCUUCGCGAACCUGUUGCGCUUCUACGACGGAAUCUGCAAAUGGGAAGAGUGCAGCCAAACGCCCAUCCUGCACAUCGGUUGGGCUAAACCGCUGGUUGCUACGAUUGCCAAGUUCGAUCACGAUAUCCGUUCGCAGGUAAUCAUCAAGUGUGCCGAUCAGGAACCGCAAGCACAGCACGGCCAGGAGAAUGGUAGAAACGGCGCGGACGAUUCCUCGCUGCACCAUCAUCAUCACAACAAUAACAACAUAGCGAAGGUGGACGCUAACGUCGCAAAUGGCGGGCGCAGCAAUGGCAGUAACUCCGGCAAAGGAAAUUCCCUUCCCAAAUCACUCGAAGCGCUGGUGGGAAAGUGUGGCGAGAAGCUGCUCAAUCCUGAAUUUCUCCUCCAGGGCGGUGGACAACCGUUUACGACGGAAGAAAGUGCGGAACCAUCGUCCGAUGGGGAAAAGCUUUCGACCACCGGGGUAGCAGGAGAAGCCAAUGGAAAGCGUGACGACGGUGGUGCUGCUAGAAAGCCGGAACAGGAUGCAGAGUCAGGCAGGGGGGUAACAAAACCCGAGAAACGUGACCCGGCGGACGAUAUGGAACCGAAACGGCCGGUCAUUGUGCUGUACAGCCAAAAGAUGAAGGGUCUGAAGGAUCUGCUGCUGACCGAGAAGCUGAACACGAACGCGAUCUCGCUCCAGAUUACGGCCCAGAGUCAGGUGCAGGUAGGUGGGAAAAAAUUGCGCGGAUCGCAUACGGCAUCGCUCGGUGGGUCCGGCGGCGGUGGUGGUUCGAUAGGAGGUGGAGGCGGUGGAUCCACCGGAGGGGGAGCAAUAAGCGUCGGCGAGGGUAUCGAGGGUAAUACGCGACCGAAACGGGCGCGAAGAGAGUAAGUCUCCUUUCAAUGUGUUAAAGCAAACAUAUAUUUAUUAUCGUAUGUCUGUGUGACGCCAUUUUAGGUUCCACUUUGCUGGUAUUAUAUAGUUUUAAAAUGGCAUCGCCAGUUUUUGCCCCCCCCUCCCCCCAAUUUUCCCUGCUGUGAAGGGGGGGGGAGCAAAUUCCUUAUUUGUCGACACAAACGCUAAUACUUUACAGCCAUUCCAACGCACAGAAAAGCCGCAGAAAGAAAACGGAACGACCGAUUCUAGUCGGAACAUCAUGUUAGUUUUUGCACCUAUUUAUAAUAAUCCCGCUUGUUUGCUAUUGUUUUUUUGGUUAUUUAAAUAUUAAAUUUGUUAUCUUCUCUUUCCUGUUUUUAAUCGAACCUCCUUGUAGCAUUAAAUGCACACCAGAACAAACGCCGGACGCGUCUACUUCAUCCCUUUCUGGUCUAAAUGGUACACCCUUGUGUGUUUGUGUUGUUUUUAAAUUAUUUAAUUAAUUGCACCUGAUGCAUACACACACCCAUCGCUAGCCUAGUGUGUAUUGCUUUUUUUCCAUUGUGAUCUUGUUCAUCCCCCCCCAAAAUUGUGCUCGUGGCGGCACAGUCGAAAUCCUUCGCCUAUUACAGUGUUUUCCAGAUGAUUAACGCAAGUGUCCUAAUGAUGAAAACGAUGAACGAAACCUCGUGCAAUGUUUUUACAAUGUGGACACUUUUUAUUAUAUUUGGAAAAGCACACACACUUAUCUUAAAAAUUGGGAAAUUUUCUGUUCGUAUUGUUUGUGCAGCAUAGUGUGUAAGUGUGGGGUAAGAGUCAUUAAGUUUUAUUUUAAAAUUGUGCAACUGCACCCACGUUGAAAUUAUGCCUAUGAGGCAGAUGAAGAUCGGGAGUUUGUAGUGUAUAAGAGAGAAAGAGGGAAGGAGGGAGAGAGAGAGAGCAUCAACAAUCAAACAAUUAUUGGCCACUUGCUAUGCAAUAGGAUCGUAUAAUCAAAAGUAUGUGUUUUUAUGUAUAUACAUAAACCCUUAGUAUAGAUUAUCUGCGAAGCUACUGCUAAAAAAGCACACACACACACAGACAGACAGAAAUGUAACUUAUUAUUCAUCAUAUCGACUUUUUAACUGCUAAUGUCUAAGUUUUUGCCGCAUGUUAUUAUCUAUGUUUCGCUGGGUUUUUAGGGCUUUGUUGUUUGCAAAAUUUUAUACACAAAAAAAGGGAACCCCAAUUUUCACUUCCCUAGGAAGGAAUAAUAGCGUUGAGACAGCUCUUAACAGCUCUUCAUUUACUGUGGCACAUGUGUUCGUGUGUGUGUUUAUCCACAUAAAAAACAAUUGGCGUGAAAUAGUAUUGGCAAAGCCAAUUAAUAAGGGAAAAAACACUUAUGAAGUACGGUGCAUUAAUGUGAAUGAAUGAAGCAGUAAAAAAAAGCAUGAUUGCUGCAAACAGGCAGAAGGAUUAUAAUUAUGUUACAAAUGUAAGACGAUGAGAAGGCAGAAACUCUGUACGAGACACAGUGAUUGUUGUGACUGCCAGACGAUUGAUGAAAGGUAUUUUGCUUUGUGUUGGGCCGGGAAGGUGGGAAAAGUUAAACAAAAGCAUUACCUUUGCUAGGAUACAGGACAGAAGCGUCAGAAGAGCCUUUGGCGUCGGUUAAGCCUAUCCCAAGCGAUGUGUAGAAAGUUAGUAUAGAAAGGGCCCGUAAAAACAAACAUCCGACACCCGAUGGUAAUUGUUGAGCAAAAUUUGGAAAGGCUACUAUCACAACAAACAAACAAUCGAAAAUUGAAAGUACAAACAUCACUAUAAACAACAACAAAACAAACAAAAAAAAAAACACCCAUUAGAGAUUAACAAAAAAUCCUGCUCUAAACGCAGCUAGUAAUUCCCCCCUCUUUUUCCUAGCGUAAUAGAACGAAUGAUCGAAUGAUUCCAUUUCUCGUAUUUCCGUAAGAACGUUACAACAAAAUUCAACCAAUCGCGAAACCCCUGUAGCAAAAUUGUCUUCAUCAUAGGAGAAAAAAAAAACAAAACAAAAACACUCUCAGUACCUUUUUCGAUCGCCCCGGGGGUCCGGGUAUAUUACUGUAGGAAGAAAAAAAUUGUAAUCUGAUCUUUACUGACGCGCGUAAAAUUAAGACAAGUAUUAAAACAAAAAAACCUUCAACUGCAUACAAAAUUUAACAAAAAUCAGGAAUAGCGCAAGAAAACGCAAGGUACAACAAGGUCAUAAAAAUUUCUCAAAAAAUGCCCAACAAAUGUCGUCCGGGCCACGAUGACUCACGUUUUGGAGGAAUGCCUUUUGCUUCGUUCUUGCUUUAACUGGAUGGGUGAUAGGGCGUUUGAUGAGGGCUAGUAUAACCCCUUCUAGUAUUCACCCCUUAGGGAAAGGAAAGUCAUACAUGAAUACCAAAAAAAAAAACAGAAGAAAACAUUGUAAAACAAACUAACAUCAUCCUCGUCGUCGUCGUCGUUGUCGGCGUCAUCAUCAUCGCCAACAUCACCCACUGGUAAAAAAAUCGGAUACGGAAUGUGGGGCACGGUAGGGACAGGACUGAAAUCAGUGCUCUACACACAAACACACACACAAGCAUUGUGUUUUUUGAUAAGGUGUAUUUAUUGCAUUAUUACAACAUGGGUGGUAUAAGAUAACGGGGGAAGAAAUCUAUCAUCAACUUACGAGAGAAAUUGUGGGAAGGAGAUAUAAUCACGGCGGAGCUUAGCGUGUAGCAGGUUACAAUCCUCACUCGCCGAUUCCCUCGGGUGGUCGGCAGACCUUUAGGCGCUCCGAUUCCUUCCACGGAGCAUGUGUUAGGGCACACUGUCAUGUUGUUUUCCUUCGAUUUCCUUACUCCUGUAUCCUAUGCUAUAUAGUGUUGUUGAUUGUUUGUAUUCAUCAUACUAAUCAUGGUACAAUGUUGAAAUAGCUAGCAAAAGGUGAAACAAAACGAACCUAUAUUAGUAAGUAAUUCCAUUACAAGAAGUUGGUAACAUUAUUCUAGCAAACGCCAUAUUGUUUAGUUCGCAAGAGCGAGAGUAGUAGAGUUCCUUACCAGUGAUCCACUGAUUGUCUACUAAUCGGAUUGGUUAACGAGUGCAAGAGGAGGUAUAGGAAAUACUGGUACGUUUUUUUAGUUACUGCAACAACAACCAGUGGAAUGCAUUAGAGCAAGAAGAGAACUGCAUUAUAGCAAAGCUUACACACACACACACGCCCUAAUGAAAUAGAUCAUAAACAAUAGAAGAUGUGGAAGAUGCAUAAAGGUCAACGAGCAGAUAGUUUUGUAUUGAAUUCCGUUCUCUUACUUUACAUUCCUUGGCACAAGUUUUAAUACAUUUAAUACACAAGAAAAGCGCACAGAAUCCAUCAGAGAGCUCUCGGCGCAGGGUGUACCAGCUAGUUGGUAGGCGAAGUUCUAACGUGAUCGAAGGUCUAAAGUAAGGUCAAACAAACCAGAGUUUGAGGUUGCAAGAUCUAUAUCUAACAUCUACAAAAACCAACCGAAGACACUGCUCAGAAUUCUAGGCUGAGCCCCCCCUGCUCCUCGUCGACGGCAGCUGAUUUUUCUAUACACUGAUGAGGGUCCGCCACUGUCUGGACCUUGGACUAGGACAGUUUAAGCCCGACCAAGUUUGAAAAGUGUUGAAAAGUGGUCCAAAAUAUCGUCCUCUUGUGAAAUUAUUCGACAAAACUAGAACUUCGACCACCGUUUGGUUGGUAUACCCUGCACUACUGCUGCUACUAUUACUAUUACAGAGAAAGAUCGCUAGCUACGUGGCUAGAUUGUUGCUGUGCCAUUUGUUUAAAUAAUUAAGCUGCACUGCAGAGAGAGAGAGAGAGAGCAAUAGUACAUCCCCUUCAAGUAAGCACAGUUAAACACAGGGUGUUAGUCAUGAUCGGUUAGGGAUAUUCUGAUUACACUAUUAUACUACUACUAAAUGGCACGCACCAGCACAACGUUCGUGUAAUGAGUUGAAAUAGCAUUGUCAAAGCCGCCCUCCAUAGUGAGCAGUACAACAAUUGAAUCGUGUCCACAACCCAACAGAUUAUCCCGCACAUCACAUAUAAAGGACACAUCACUAGCAGGUGGAGGAGCGAUCACCUGCUCUUCAAAACCGCCAAAAUGGUGGGGUGAAGGAUGCGACAGUUUAGUAUAAUAGAGGCUCCUAGUUCUUGAUUGUUUCAUGUUGUAGCGUACACUGAGUAGAAGCAUUACACUGUACUAGCAUUAAAAGCUAACAAAAGAAGGAAGGGUGGUACAGUCGGAGAGGGGGAGAAAAGUUUGCUUGUUUUUUAGCUUUUAAAAAUUGCUGUUUUUUUGUUCUAUAUUGUUUUGGUCUAAAUUAUUCUGUUGGUUUCUCGUACUGUUGUAAAAAAGCUGAACGAGUAAAUUGUUUGAAGUAAAGCAAGUGCGGGACAGUGCAUGUCCCUGCCGGUCGGUUAUUUCGUUAGCGCAACUUCGUUAACAUGUUCCUUACAACACGUAUUUCUCUUUAUGCUUGGAUCAAACUGGAUCCGUGCGUCUCUAAGUUAUUGGGUGUGGAAGCUGUGAGUUUUGGGGGAAGAAAUUAGGGACGGAGGGGGGUUUUCUUGGAACUGUCUAUUUGCUAUAAAGCGAACAGUUUGGAGAAGCGUUUUACGCCUCGUAUUUGCGCCUGUUAGAAGAAGGUCUGUGAUGGUGAUGAUAAUGAAAAGCAUUAUAUAGGAAGUAAUUCGGUGUCAUGUCGUGAGUGUGAGUGUGUGUGUGAAUGUGUCGGAAAGUGAGUGAAGAGAAUUUGCUAUAAUGCAUUGUGCUAUAAUUUACGAUCGGAAGAUUACUAACAAGCCAAGGCAAGACUACUACUACCAAGGCUCCAAGACGUAGUAGUAAGAGGCACCC